AAACACGAGAAGACGAGGGAGGGACAAAGAGUUAGUGAGUUAGGGAGAAGGAUAGAGACGCAUGCACACUGGACAGAGUGCAAAAGUUACUGAAAGGCUGUGGACGGCUAUCGGGAGAAAAGCAGGUCCGUUGUUGCCACCUCGCCCCCCUCCUCCUGACUCUCCCUGCCAAGGCAGGGGAGGGCAGGCUAGUGGGGCAGGAGCUGUAGUAUGGGACAGAAUGCCAGUACCGAUCCAGCUGCUUAUUCACACCAGGAACCUGUCCCCAUCUCCGAUGAUGAAGUGGACCGCCCAAACAGCAGGACGGGGAGUGAGGCAGGGAGUUCAGAGCAAAGCACCCCCCCUAACAAGCGCAAGAGCAAGCUAUUCGGGAAGCUCUUCAAGCCCUGGAAAUGGAAGAAGAAGAAGAACAGCGAGAAGUUUCAGGAAACCUCAGAAGCACUGGAAAGAAAGAUUUCGGUCAGGAGGCCCAGGCAGGAGCUGAUUGACAAAGGAUUGCUGAAGGAGGUUGCAGAAAAUGCAGGUGAACAUGCAAACAGCUCCAGAAUCCCCCAGGUGAGGAAUGGUCGGCUUCGGACAGACUCUGACAGCAGGGUGGGCCCGGUCUGGCUGCCCCAGGGCGAGGACCGUAGGAGCCGCAUCCCGUCCGACGGAGACCGCAGAGAAGGGGCCGGCCGCCGGGGCUCCAGCUUAGAGGAGGGGAGAGAGGGGAGGGACAGAGGGGAGGAGAGAGACCGGAAACCUGGGCGGGAGGAAACUGAGGGGAAAGAGAACAGAGCGGAGAGGGAGCGAGAGAGGGAGCGAGAGAGGGAGCGAGACCGGGAAAGAGAGAGGGAGAGGGAGAAGGAGAUGGACAGAGAGAGGGAGAGGGAGAGGGAGAAAGACAGAGAAAGGCAGCGUGAGAUGGACAGAGAGAGGGAGAGGGAGAAAGACAGAGAAAGGCAGCGUGAGAUGGACAAAGAGAGGGAGAGGGAGAUGGACAGAGAGAGGGAGAAGGAGAUCGACAGGGAGAGGGAGAAAGACAGAGAAAGACAGCGUGAGAUGGACAGAGAGAGGGAGAGGGAGAUGGACAGAGAGAGGGAGAAGGAGAUAGACAGAGAGAGGGAGAAAGACAGAGAAAGACAGCGUGAGAUGGACAGAGAGAGGGAGAGAGACAGAGAAAGAGAGAGGGAAAGAGACAGAGAGAGGGAGAGAGAAAGGGACAGAGAAAGAGACCAAGAGAGGGAGAGAGAAAGAGAGAGGGACAACAGAGAGGAGAGAGAAAGGGUAAGAUACAGAGAGAGGGAGAGAGACGGAGAAAGAGGGAGGGACCGAGAAGGGGGUCGCAGAGAAGAGAGGGAUCGCAGAGAGGGGAGAGACCGAGAGGGCGGUAGCGGAGAGCGGGAGAAAGAGGUGAGAGAUGGGGAGAGGGAGAGAGACAGAGAAAGGGAUAGCAGAGAGGUGAGGGACAGAGAGAGAGAUAACCGAGAGGACAGAGACAGAGAAAGGGAUAGCAGAGAGGUGAGGGACAGAGAGAGAGAUAACCGAGAGGAGAGAGACAGGGAGAGAGACCGAGAAAGGGAUAGCAGAGAAGGAAGGGAGAUCAGGGAGAGGGAUCAGGAUAGGGAAUUGAGGGAGAGGGACAAAGAGAUGGAUAGUAGAGAAGAGAGGGAAAGGGAGAGAGAUAGGCAGGUGAGAGACAGAGAGAGGGACAGUAGAGAGGACCGGGAGAAAGAUGGCAGAGAGGACCGAGAGCGGGAGAGAAAUCAAGAAAGGGAUAGCAGAGAAAGGAGAGAGCGAGAUGGAGAGAGGGAGAAAGAGAAGGAGCAAGAGGAGAAGGACAGAAUAGAGCAGGUGCAGAGCCAUGCGCCAGUAGAGUUGGACAGGAAGCCUGGCCGUGGGUGGAGGCCUCACUCAGAAUUGGAUCUGCGAUACAAGGCCGUCAUGGAAGAAGCCAGGAGGACACGCCCCACUUCAGAGAUCAUGCAGAGGUCAACCCUCCCGCGGUGCGCUCCAUCAGAUGAAGGACGGGCGCGCUCAGGCUCCACAGGUUGCCGCCUUCCCCCUCACUCGCAGAAGCCUCCUGAACCCCCACCGAGGGACGAGUCGCUUCACCGGCCCCCCUUCCUGCCCCCUAUACGGCAGGGCUCUUCUGCCUCUGAGCCUCCCAAGGUUCCUGCAAGCGGCAGCUCUUCCUCAUCCUCCUCGUCUUCGUCGGUGACGUUCUCCAAUAGCGCGAAUCCUGAGCCCCUGGACGGUGUACCCGCUCCUCAGUCUCACCCUGGCACCUCCGCCCCCUCCUCUGCUAACGUCUCUGCCCCCCAGGCAGCAAAGCAACCGCCAGUCCCUCCACCCAAACCUACUAAUCGCUUCAGCAGUCCUGCCCUUCUGGCGGAGCUGUCCCAGGCCAGCGGUGGGGUCCACCCUAUGCCAGUAAAGCGAUCCCCACCCACACCCCCCAAGAGGACCACCCCCGUCAACAAGCGCUACUCCCAGGACCUUCAGAUCAUCACAGACUCUGCCCCCGCCCCCGCCUCCCACCCCAUCCCAGCUGAGGCUGAGGAGGAGGACAGAGAACUGCAAUCUCCGCCCCCAGACUUCAUCCCCGACUCCCGACCGCCCUCCCACAUCCCGCCCUCUCCGCCCCGCUCCCAUCACCCCCUGCCCCUCCCCAUCCCGCAAGCAGCCCCGAUCGCCGUCCCCAUCCCCGACAUCCCGACCGUAGACCCCCCCAGCCCCACCACCGAGCCCCCCAAGGAGCCCCCCAUCCCGCUGCACCUCCUGAUCCAGCGGGCGCUGGCCAAUCCCGGGCGAGCUCCCGCCACCCAGGACCGGACCAAGCGCGCCCACUCCCUGCUCUUCGAGGACCCACGGGACUACCUGACCUCGCCCGGGGAGAGGGCCUCCCUGCCGGUCACCAUCGAGCGCAUCAGACUGCCGGAGGAUGACGACUUCGACAUGGAGGAGGAGCUGCGUUCCAGGCGGCCUCUUCCCCCCCGGAGGGAGCAGCACCCGAGAGGCCGUCUGGGUCUGGCGGGAGACGUGCGCGUCAGCAUCAUCCCCAGUGCCCGCAGUCCCUCCAUCAGCGAGGAGGAGGAGGACGAGGAUGAAGGGAUGAGCGACUCUGAUGCAGAUGGGCCCGUCCUUUACAGGGACACCGACGAAGAGGAGGACGACGAGGACGUUCCGAUCGGGGGGCUGGCGAGCAAGGUGAAGAGGAAGGACACCCUGGCCCUGAGGCUGGGCGCGCGGUCCUCGGCCCCCGAGGAGGGGAGCAAAGCGCAGGAGGAGCACGAUUCGUCAUCCUGGCAGAGCAGAGAGCAGUGGGAGGCGCUCCGCUCGCAGAUCGGCUCUACGCUGACACGGAGGCUAAGCCAGAGGCCCACAGCAAUAGAGCUGGAACAGAGGAACAUUCUUCAGCCCAAGAAUGAUGCGGAUAGACGGGCAGAGCGCAGUGAGAUCAAAAGGAGGCUCACCAGGAAGCUCAGUCAGAGGCCCACAGUGGCAGAGCUGCAGGCUCGGAAGAUCCUGCGUUUCCACGAGUACGUGGAGUGCACAGACGCCCAAGUCUAUGAUCGCCGCGGCGACAAGCCCUGGACAAAACUCACCCCUGCUGACAAGGCGGCAAUCCGGAAAGAACUGAAUGAGUUUAAGAGCAAGGAGAUGGAGGUGCACGAACAGAGCCGGAUCUACACCAGAUUCCAUCGGCCGUAGCCAAGCACGUAACAUCUGGGGAGAGAAGAAAGCUUGGAUGUCAUAUGGACUCGGUUCUCCUUGGAUGGCGUGUUAACGAACACUGUGCGUAUGAGGACGUGCCACUCCUUCUCCUUAUUACGCCACAGAGGAGCGGCUGGACGCGGAUGGCCACACACGUUUGUGUUCAGGGAAGCUGGGGGAGCAAAUGUGCCAAUGCAGUGGAGACUGGAGAAGAGAGGCUCUGGAACUGUGCUGUGCUAACAGACCAGCAAGGGGGUGCUAUCGCAUCUCUCCCAAGAAAGGAAAAGUCCUGGUGGCUUCUUAUAUGCUUUUAUUUUACACUCUCUUUUAUUCCUCCAGGAAAAGUACUGAUAGCUUAAUAUUAAUUGACAACAAGUGACAAUGGCAAUUGUUAAAAUUAGGAAAUGCAAUUCUGAGGGAAUUGUGUAUCGUAUUUGUGUGCACAGUACACGUGUGCAUGCACACACGUACGCACACAAUUGCACAUUUGCGUAUGUGCACGCAUACUUGUGUGCAUAUGCCCAUGGAUACGUGUGUGGAUAUGUGCAAUCAAUGUGCAUUGUGUUUGUAAACAAGAGCACACAAUAAAAUGCCCAAAUAUAUAUGCAUACCUGUUGCAAUUGUACACGUUACACGUAUGUAUACGUUUGAGCGUACGUGUACGUGCACAUUUUGCCAGUGUGUUUUUCUCAGCCCAACAUGGAAAGGCUUAGUAAUUGAAAAACAUUACUCAUCCUAUUUUAUGCAUCACAAUCUUACUGUUUCCCAUGUGAAAUAUUUGCAUUGAUUGAGAUGCAGUCUGGUUCUCAUUUUGCCAUCAGUAUAUUACUCGUGCAACCAGUAACAGAACUUAAGUGCCUUUUUGCUGUAUUUUUUUUUCCCGAUUGUUGCUUUAUUUUAUUAUUACCUGAUGUGAUACUUAUCUGAGAAUUUAUUGGUGAAACAGAGUAUUGAUAUUUUCCCCCAUGAACAUGUAAACAGAAGUCAAAAUCAGUGCAAUUAAUUGAUUGAUUACUGUAAAACAUAUGUACAGUCCUCUGGGCCAGAAUAACAUUUCUGCUAUGUUCAUAAUGAUUACACCAAUUGUUAUGUAUAUCUUGACUUCUCAUUGUAAAAAGGAUUUUAAAAAUAAUAAAAGUAUUAUAGUCUUGUUUUUAUAAAGGAAAACUGCUUAUGAUUCGAUUGCAUUUUGAGAAAGGGGCUAUAAAAGUAUGCAUUUUUUUUUUAUUUUGUUGUACAUUUUAUUUUUUAUAAAACAAAAUUUAUGGAAAAGCUGACGGCAGUCUGUUAAGCUAUAAACAGUAACUGCAAAUUCAAAUUAAAGACUUACACAAAUUCA